AUGAAAAAGGUCAACACCAACACAAAGCUUGAGUACCAGGCUGUAGUGCUAACUGAUUCUUAUCAGACAAGGUUCAUGCCAUUGACUCAUGUCGAACCGAGAUGCCUUAUGCCAUUAGCGAAUGUACCUUUAAUAGAAUACACUUUAGAGUUUUUAGCACAAACAGACGUGGUGUCGGAAGUAUUUUUGAUGUGCUCUUCACAUGCUGAUCAAAUUCAAAAAUACAUUGAUCAAUCGAAAUGGGUUCUUCCUUCUUCACCAUUUUCUAAGAUUCACACAUUGCUGACUGUGGAAUCAAGAUCAGUUGGUGAUGCAAUGAGAGAUAUUGAUGCCAGGGGAAUGAUUACCGGCGAUUUCAUUCUUGUCUCAGGUGAUGUGAUUACAAACAUGGAUCUUAACAAGGCUUUGAGUGCUCAUCGCCAGCAUAAACAAGAUGACAGGGAUUACGUUUCAACAAUGGUUUUGAAACAAGCAUCACCGCUGCACAGAUCACGUUCGUAUGUAGAGCCAGCAUGCUUUAUCCUCGAGGAGGGAACAAACAGGUGCAUAUAUUAUCAGGAUAUUCCACCAUUAAACGGUAGAAAAACAUCUGUGGACAUCGAUCCUGAGUUAUUGGGCGAUGUUGGUGAAAUAGUGUUGAAAAAUGAUCUUAUUGACUGCCGUGUUGACAUUUGCACGCCACAGGUUUUGUCAACGUUUCAGGAAAAUUUUGAUUACCAGUUCUUGAGGGCAGACUGGGUUAAAGGUGUUUUAAGUAGCGAUUUACUGCGUAAACAUGUUUACACAUAUAUCACUAAAGACGACUAUGCCGCAAGAGUUGAAAGCUGGCAGACAUACGACGGAAUUUCACAGGAUGUUUUGGAGAGGUGGUGCUAUCCGAUCGUUCCAGAAAGAAAUUUAUUGGAAGACCAAACGUACACUUAUGAAAGCCAGCAUGUUUACAAGGAGUCCAACAUACGGUUAUCGCAAUCAUGUAAAAUUGAUUCAUGCGUCGAAAUAGGUUCCCGAACGUUUGUUGGAGACGGUUCUCGUAUUGGCUCUUCCGUGAUUGGCAGAGAUUGUUACAUUGGUAAAAAUGUUAUAAUAGACAAUUCAUACAUUUGGAAAGGGGCCAGAGUUGAGGAUGGUGCUGUUAUUAGACAUUCCAUCGUUGCGUCAGAUGCUGUGAUCAAAGAAAACGUUAUCAUCAAUCCUGGUUCGGUGAUUGGUUUUGGCGUUGUUAUUGGAAAAGAUGUCGUUAUUGCAAACUAUACUAAAAUCACUAAGAAUCUAUUCAAGGAAAAGAAGAGAAUUAAGGAAGAACCUUCAGAUGCCACUUCAGAUUUCGGCAAUGAGACUGAGGGCUCUAGUAGUCAAUUCACUACCACAACGGAUGAAGAAUCCACCAGUGCGGCUACAAGCGAGAUUCCAUCAGAAUCGGAUUCGGGAGAAGAAAACACAAAUAAUACCACACGUGAGAAUAUCGUUGGCUCAGAUGGGGUUGGCUUCUUAUACGAGGAUGAUGAGAGAUACAACGGAAUGGUGAGCCAAAUGGCAUCUCUCGAGCUUUCUGAUGUGUCGAUUGCUUCAAGUACCAUCACUAGACGUUCAACAAAAAGGAAGAAAAGAACAAUGUCGUCAACAGCAAGUCAGGCCGCAGCAUCAGAGGAGGAAAGUGAGGAUUUCGAGCAGGAGGCAAUUGCUACUGUUAAUCGUGCUAUGGAAAACAACUAUGAUAUUGACACAUCUCUUCUUGAGGUGAACACUUUACGUAUGAGUAUGAAUGUGACCUACCAUGAAGUCAGAGAUGCCACUUGCAAGGCGAUGCUUUCACGGGUUGAUCACUUUAUUGAGACUCAAACUUUGGGUGUAAAAGAGGCUGUGGAAAAGAUAUUCCAAAAGUGGUCUGAAUUAUUCACCAGGCAAGUAUUUGAAGAUGCUGAUCAAGUCGAUCUUAUGAUGAUAAUACAACAGAUUUGCAGCGGUCUGGAUCCUAAAUACGGAUCUAUGAUCCUACUAUAUGCUUUACUUAUACUAUAUGAGCAGGAAAUCAUCGAAGAGGACAAUAUUAAUAUCUGGUGGAACAGUGAGGAUUCGAAAGCAUUAAACAGAGUUAGAGAUAAAACAGCAAAAUGGAUUGAGUGGCUUGCACAGGCGGAAAGUGAGAGCGAAGGAGAGAAUGAGAAUGAAAGUGAUGAAAGCGAAGAAUGA